CAGCUUCCGCUGCGCUCUUGUUUCACGCUCAGAUCGAGAGAGACGCACAGCUCGAGUUCCGAUUAUCGUCGACGCAAAGUCUUCCUCAGACAUACAGAAGAACAUUAAAAUACAAACUAUUCAACCUAAAGUAACAUUUGCGCUUCGGGGGAACCCGUUUUUUAUUCCUUUGUUCAGAGUUACACGUCUCACCGAGCGUCGAAGAGAGCCACGAGAACAGCGACACACCGGCAAACAAAGAAACUCGCUUGUGUUCGACAUCCGCCUUCAACACCCGUCAGUUAUGAGUCAUGUGGCCGUCGAGAAUGUGCACGGUCUGGACCAGCAGCUCGCUGUUCUAGACUUGAACUCCGCUGAUCAAGGAGUCCCUGGAAGGCGUUACAUUCCACCUCAUUUAAGGAAUAAAGAAGCUUCCAAAAGUGAUUCUCCCGGAGGAUGGGACGAUGGACGCAGCAAUGGCUUCGUGAACGGUAAUCAUGAAGGCCGAGACAACCGUAUGAAUGGAGGGGGCAGUUUCGGUGGCCGUGGCUCCAUGCGCAGCGACCGCGGAGGAAGAGGAGGCUUCAGAGGAUUUGGUUACGACAACAAGGAUGCCGGUGGGUGGAACGCCCAAAAAGACACGGCCUACAACAGCUUCGGCGGCCGCUCUGACCGCGGGAAAUCCUCUUUCUUCAGUGACCGCGGGUCUUCAUCCAGGGGACGGUACGAGCGAGGAGGCUUCGGCGGCGGUGGGAACAGCCGAUGGACGGACGACUCCAAAAACGAUGAAGAUUGGUCCAAACCCUUGCCUCCCAGUGAGCGCGUGGAACAUGAACUCUUCUCUGGAGGCAACACCGGGAUUAACUUUGAGAAAUACGAUGACAUUCCUGUUGAAGCCACAGGACAGAACUGUCCACCACAUAUUGAGAGUUUCCAUGAUGUAGAUAUGGGAGAGAUCAUUAUGGGUAAUAUAUCCCUGAGCCGGUACACACGGCCCACUCCUGUCCAGAAGUACGCCAUUCCCAUCAUCAAGACUAAGAGAGACCUGAUGGCGUGCGCACAGACAGGUUCUGGAAAGACUGCAGCCUUCCUGUUGCCCGUCCUGAGCCAGAUAUUCACUGAAGGACCAGGAGAAGCGCUGCAGGCUAUGAAGAACAGCGCACAGGAAAAUGGGAAAUAUGGCCGUCGUAAGCAGUAUCCCAUUUCACUGGUCUUAGCCCCCACAAGGGAGCUGGCUCUCCAGAUCUACGAAGAGGCCAGGAAGGUUGCGUACCGCUCUCAUGUGCGUCCCUGUGUGGUGUACGGAGGCGCUGAUAUCGGUCAGCAGAUCCGUGAUCUGGAGAGAGGCUGUCAUCUGCUGGUGGCCACUCCUGGACGUCUGGUGGACAUGAUGGAGAGGGGCAAGAUCGGCCUGGACUACUGCAAUUAUUUGGUGCUGGAUGAAGCAGACAGGAUGCUGGACAUGGGCUUCGAGCCACAGAUUCGGCGUAUCGUGGAGCAGGACACCAUGCCGCCCAAAGGGCUUCGUCAAACCAUGAUGUUCAGUGCCACCUUCCCCAAGGAGAUCCAGAUCUUGGCUCGUGACUUCCUGGAGGAAUACAUCUUCCUGGCUGUGGGCAGGGUUGGGUCCACCUCGGAGAACAUCACCCAGAAGGUGGUUUGGGUCGAAGAAAAUGACAAGAGGUCCUUCCUGCUGGACUUGCUCAAUGCCACAGUCGAUCCGAAUGAGGUUCAGGACAGUACGGGGGAGAACGUAGAAAAACCUGGUAAAGAAUCUCUGACCUUGGUGUUUGUUGAGACUAAGAAGGGAGCGGACUCUCUGGAGGACUUCCUGUACCGUGAAGGCUACUCCUGCACCAGUAUUCAUGGAGACCGGACCCAGAGGGACCGUGAGGAAGCGCUCCAUCAGUUCCGCUCCGGGAGAUGCCCAAUCUUAGUAGCCACGGCUGUUGCUGCUCGUGGUCUGGACAUCUCCAACGUGAAGCACGUCAUUAACUUUGACCUGCCUAGUGACAUCGAGGAGUACGUGCACCGCAUCGGGAGAACCGGUCGCGUGGGGAACCUGGGUCUUGCCACAUCGUUCUUCAAUGAUAAGAAUGGAAACAUCACCAAGGACCUGCUGGACAUCCUGGUGGAGGCUAAACAGGAAGUGCCCUCCUGGCUGGAGAGCCUGGCGUACGAGCACCAGCACAAGAGCAGCAGCCGCGGGGGGCGCUCCAAGAGGUUUUCUGGUGGUUUUGGGGCCAGAGACUACCGUCAGACCAGCAGCGGCUCCAGCGGCGGAGGAUUCGGGAACCGCGGCGCACGCAACACCGGCGGUCACGGAGGAAACCGUGGAUUUGGCGGCGGUGGAGGUGGCUUUGGGAACUUCUACAGCAGUGAUGGCUACGGAGGAAACUAUUCCCAGGUGGACUGGUGGGGAAACUAAGACUCCUCCACCUCUUCACUCCUCACAACGACCGUGGAGCACCAUGCCAAACUCACUGAAUGGAAACCACAUGUACCAUAGCCAGACUAUAUACCCUGUGUAGCUUUGAAGAACUUUGCAGUACAUUACCAGCUGUGAUUCUCUGACCACAUCUGGAGAAGCUCGAGCUCCGUGGACACGGGGACGCUGGGAUAUCUGGAGGUUCGACUGUAGCAGGACACGGUCUCGUGCCGAAGGGGAACGGAGGCAGCAGUUUGCUUUAGAUUUCUUGGACUCUAGUUUUCCACUACAUCUCAUUUCUUUAUACUAAAUGAGAAACGUUUAUGUACUGUGCCUUUACAUUUAGACUCGCUGUGUUUUGUUUGUCUUCCGUUCUCCUUUUUAAAUGUCUGGCUGACAGUUGUUUUCCCCUCUCACUCUUUUUUUUUUCUUUUUUCCCGCUCUAAUUAUUUGUUUGGAUGGUAUAACAAAAGCUUAGAUGUAAUCAAACCUUGGCAAAGUCUGAGAUGGUCUGUCACAACCUCAUUUUGAACUGAAAUUUUGUAUGGGGUCACCUGACCCCCGUCGAUUGGCUUGAGUUCUCUUGUGUGGUAAAUCUAUCACAAGGGAGUGAAAAAUGCUGAAUGUUGGAAAAGAUCUCGCUCACUCUAUCCUGGACAGGCAUCAAUAAUAGAGAUGGUAGUCUUCUGAGAAAGAAACCAAGCCAUUCCAGUGAAUUCUCUUAAAUUAGGAUGUUGUGAUGAACCGCGUCUGCCUCCCGCCGCACAGCUAGUUCAGAACCGUAUGCUAGCUGUUUAGCGCUGUUUUAUUAACCUUUUUCUUGAACCGUCAUGGAGGUAGCAAUUGGAUUAGUUUUUCUUCCUUCGAAUCCAGUCUUGAAGUAGAUUAACGGUGGGCUGGUGGCAGUGAAGUGUUCUAACGGCUGCUCUAGAACCGUGAGGUCAGAGCCCAGCCCGUCUCUGGAGAAUCCGCAUGCUAGUGUUCGUGUGUUUUGGUCAAGGAGAUUUUCAAACCGAUUUCUGCCGCAGGCUUUAACGUUCAUUACAAGAAACAUUUGUUCACUUUUUUUGUUUUUUCUCUUUUUCAAGCUGCGUUAAAUUCCGAAAGACAUCCUCGGCUUUACUCUUGAGACACGGCUCGCUCGUGACCCCCGGCUCUUCGAGAGGACUGGGGUCAGCAGAAUUCGGUGUACACCACGGGAACCGCACCAAACCAGCUGCAGGGGUGUGGUUUGGUGUAAACCAGACUCUUAUUGGUUGGUUUGUAGUGGAGGAGGUUUCCAUGGCAUCCUGGCCAAAGACAGGGUUCUUUCAAACUCCCGCGCGCCCUUAAUAGUGCACUACUGAUGAGGGCGAGUGGGAUGCGUUUAACUGAAGUGCAAUAGAUUUACUCUCAAGCGUGUUGUGCCUUUUGACAUGAAUUUGGAAAAGGUGACCUGAAGCAGAUGCGUGGACAGUAUUGAGGUGACUUGAGAGCAGUGGUGCUACUUAAGCCCAUCCAGUUUUACAAAAGUUGUUUUAUUGCACAUCUAGGGUUUUAUAUAAGUGUCUUGAGUGCGUGUCCUUAAGCUUCUGAAUAUUGUGUGUGAAGAUUGUGAAAACGCAGCUUGUUUACAAAAGGGGAAGGGUUCUCCAAUCGUUAACCAGGAUUGAUUUGGGACCAGCAGUGGGGAAUUUAGCUAUUUGCACAGAUUACUAGAUUCUACUUUUGCUGCUAGUUUGUGUAAUUUAUUAAGCAUUUUUGACAAAUAUUUAUUUUUAUAAGCCUAAAAGUGAUAGUUUCAAGAAACUUGACCAAAAGACAGUACAAAAACACUGGCACUUGAAUGUUGAAUGUCACCCGUAUGCGUGAAACUUAUAUUUUUCGGGGUAGUGUGAGCUUUUUAAUGUUUAAGGUCAUUUUGGACUCCACGUCUGUAAUUGGUAUCUCUGACGAAACGAAUCGAUCCAAUCAGUCAAACUCUGAAUUGACGGCCCAAAUUUGAAAGAAACACAAACAUGCCAAGGUUUGGAAAAAGUUACAGAAAUAUUUUUGUAAACGUGUAUCAGUGCAAAGUGUUCAGAUUCUCCAGUUCUUUUGUUUUUCAAUUCAAUUGUUUUUCUUUUUUUUUUGAACCCCCAGUGAAUGUCUGGCACACGGCAAUCUUAAGUAACAAAAACAUGUGGUUAUUCUCUUGUUGCGUUUGAAUAUUUGGGCUCUGGUGCUGGUGUUCUCUCACAGGUUUGGCUGAAGAUUCAGUCUUAAUUACAGAAGCAGUUAUGGGUGAAGUGUUUAAAGCAUGCAAUGAAAGGCUUUUAAUUGACCAAAUCAUGUGAUGGAACAUCACCAGAGCCCUUAGAGUUAGAGUAUUUGCUUUAUGUGCUAGUUUAGAGGCUGUGCACUGCACGAAAAAUAAAAUGUGUUUAUUGUAUGAUUUUACCAAAUUAAAGUUGGCAAUUGCAAAUAUA